AUGUCUGCUCUUUUUGUGCUGGUGAUGUUUUUUCUGUUCAGCCCAUAUUGGGAUCUUGGAACAAUGUGUUAUAAAUGCAACAAAUAUCAUCUUGGGAUCUGCUAUGAUAUGAUGAGAUCCUGCAUGCUGAGGCAUAGACAGUCCUGUGCUGCUGAGAACUUUUACAUACUCACAGAGAAAGGACAGAGAAUGUAUCAUUAUUCAAGACUGUCAUGCAUGACCAACUGUGAGGACAUCAACUUCCUGAGUUUUGAAAGGAGGGCAGAGAUCAUCUGUUGCAAACACAGCAGCUAUUGCAACGUCCCAGUGGGAUUCUAGUUCUGAAUUUCCUAUGGAUUUUGGGUCAUCUUCAACUUGCUAACAACUCCA